AUGUGGGGGUUCAGGCUCCUGCGGUCGCCGCCGCUGCUGUUCCUGCUGCCGCAGCUCAUAACGGGAGGCGCCGCUUCCAGCUUCCAGGCCGGAACCAUGAGCUUGGGCGGCAGCGGCGGCACGCAAUGCUCUGUGUCGGCCGAGGGGCGCCGCCCGCAGUGCCUGCAGCUGCCCACGGUGCCGGGAGCCGACCCGCAGCGUUGCAACGACCUGCUGCUUCUGGCGGGAGCGGGACACGAGCUGCGGGAGCUCCCCGGGGACCGGGCGCAGGAGAAACCGCAACCGCCGCCCCAGCAUCAUGUCCUCUAUUUCCCAGGGGAUGUGCAGAAUUAUUACGAAAUUAUGACUCGUCAUCCUGAGAAUUACCAAUGGGAAAACUGGAGCCUAGAAAAUGUAGCGACCAUUCUAUCCCACCGGUUCCCCAAUAGUUAUAUUUGGGUGAUAAAGUGUUCCCGAAUGCAUUUGCAUAAAUUCAGCUGCUAUGACAAUUUUGUGAAAAGCAACAUGUUUGGUGCCCCGGAACACAGUACUGACUUUGGAGCUUUCAGACACCUUUACAUGUUAUUAGAUAAUGCUUUUAAUUUAACUCAAAGCAGUCCACUAUCAAAGAAGAAUGUGAAUGUUUUGAAUAAGGGUUCCAAAGCAUCUAAUUGUGGAUCUAAUUCUUCUCAUUCCACUAAUGGUUGCCAGGGAGAAAAAGAGAGGACCUGUGAGAAAUGUGAUGAGUCUGCCAUGAGCUUUUAUCCACCAUCUCUAAAUGGUGCAUCUUUUACUUUGAUUGGAUUCAGUAAAGGUUGUGUUGUUUUAAAUCAGUUGCUUUUUGAAUUGAAAGAAGCCAAGAAAGACAAGAACAUAGAUGCCUUUAUCAAAAGCAUAAGAACAAUGUACUGGCUGGAUGGUGGCCAUUCUGGAGGAAGUAAUACUUGGGUUACUUAUCCGGAAGUCUUGAAAGAAUUUGCACAAACAGAGAUUAUUGUUCAUACCCAUGUAACACCUUACCAAGUACAUGAUCCAAUGAGAUCUUGGAUUGGAAAGGAGCACAAGAAAUUUGUUCAGAUACUUGGCGAGUUUGGUAUGCAGGUAACUAGCCAAAUUCAUUUUGCAAAGGAAGUUCCUUCCAUAGAGAAUCACUUCAGGGUUCAUGAAGUAUUUUGA